AUGGCAUCAAAGAGAAAGAAUUCAGAUAUAGAAGGUGGCGUAAGCUUAGCGAAGAGGAUAAAACCAAAUUCCGAAGAACAACUAGUACAAAGUGACCGAUUGUCUAAGGAGCAGAAGAAGAAACAGAAAAAGACUAAGAAGAAGAAGAAGAAAAACAAGCCAUCGCAUAAUGAAUACUUGAGGGAACAAGAGGGUGAAUGUUUUUAUGACAAUGAAGAUGGAGAGCAAUAUCCUGAAGAAGAAUUGGCCGGGUAUGAAUUGUUAAUGCAUACAAAAGAUACUCUCCCGCCUGCAAUUAAAAAGUUUUGGUGGAGACGAUAUGAAUUAUUUUCUAAAUUUGAUGAAGGAGUUUAUAUGUCCGAAGAAUUAUGGUUUUCAGUAACACCCGAGCCAAUAGCGAAAUAUAUUGCAGAUCUUUUCUACCAUUUGAUUCCUGAUGCAACUAGUUGUUUAGAUAUAUGUUGUGGAGGGGGUGGAAAUACAAUUCAAUUUGCCCAAUAUUUUGCAAAUGUAGGGGCAAUAGAUAAUAACAAAACCAGUCUAUAUUGUACUGAACAUAAUGUUGCAGUAUAUGGGGUACAAGAUAAUGUAUGGACAUUACAAGCAGAUUGGAAUGAGAUUAGUAGCACUGAUAGUGAUCUGUCAGUGAAUGUCAAUUGGAUUCCUCAAGAACUUCAAAAGUCACACGCCAAUAAAACAUUUGAUUUCAUAUUUUCUUCACCACCAUGGGGUGGAACAUUUUAUAAUCGAGAAGAAUUUGAUUUAUAUACAAUGGAACAUUUCCCAAUUGUUCAAUUCUUAACUCAAUGCAAACAAUAUACUGAAAACAUUGGAUUAUAUUUACCAAGAAGUCUGAAUCUUGAUCAAUUAAGUCAUGCUACUUUUGAAGUAUUUGGUAAAGAUGCUAAAUGUAGAGUUAUCUAUAUAAAUCAUAAAGGUCGACCAGUUGCAUUGUUAGCGUUGUUUGGUGAUGCUCUUACUGCAUAUAUAGAUGAAUUAGAUAAUCAAGAAGAGGAGCAGCUAGAACAACCUGAAGAAGAAGACGAAGAAGAGGAAUACCAAAAGUAG